CUACGUCUAAAAGUUUGUACAGAUGGCGCUACAUGUACGCGCAAUGCACGGAUGUGCAAAUUUGCGAUGAACUGAGAGAAUGUCAAGGCCAAUGCUAAUAAAGUGAUAACCAUGGAAUCACAGUGAUACACAAUCAAAAUUUUUGUUAUAUUCGCUAGGAAAUUAAUUUGAAGCAUUAAGUUUAUCUUAAGUUUCUUUUAAAAACGUAAAUUUCGUACUUCUUUCCUAAUGUUGUUGAUAGCGUUAUAACCUCAAUUCUGUAUCUAUGGGCGUGGGAAUUUCCAAAAUAUGACCUUAUAAAUCCAUAAAAAUGUAUUUUCUCGACUUGAAAUUGUUAAUUGGUGAAUCCUGAGUGAUAAAAUUAUAACAAUUUCGGAAUAAGUGCAAAAUAGACGUAUAUAACCAUGAAAUUAUUGCCUGGCAAUUUAAAUUUAGCGCUAAACUUGUAAGGCAUGAAGUUCGCAUUGCGAAAUACGAAUACUGGCCGAUUGAUGUGAAAGAUAUUCCGAAGGCCGUGAACAUUGCGGAAAUCGAGAUGUGUGUGUGGUCAAAAAGACAGUGCAAGGUAGGGGUCGGGUGGCGUUUGUGAUGGCAAAAAUUUUGCAAAUGCACGGUCACUGACACUAGCAGCAAUGGACCAGCAAUUCUGCUUGCGCUGGAACAACCACCCAACCAACCUGACUGACGUGCUCGCCAGCCUGCUGCAGAGGGAAGCCCUCUGUGAUGUCACACUUGCCUGCGAUGGAGAAACAGUUAAGGCACAUCAGACGAUACUCUCUGCCUGCUCGCCGUAUUUUGAGACUAUAUUCCUACAGAACACACAUCCACAUCCGAUAAUAUUUCUCAAAGAUGUGCGGUACUCAGAGAUGAAGUCAUUACUGGACUUCAUGUAUAAGGGAGAAGUAAACGUAGGGCAAAAUAUGCUACCGAUGUUCCUAAAAACAGCUGAAAGCUUACAAGUCAGAGGUCUGACAGAAAACAAUACAUUAAAUCCUAAGAGCGAAGGGCGGUCGACGCCACUAGUGAGCGCAGAGAACCUGUCGUCGCGCGGCGAGUUCGCGACGCCGCCCGCGGCGCACGCGCCCGCGCCCGUCACGCCGCUGCCGCCCGCGCCGCCGCUCGUCGCGCACGCGCCGCCCGAGAAACGACGCCGGAAGAACUCCAACAUAAACAGAGACGAAGUCGACCUAUCCUAUAGGCAUUAUGAGAGCCACCUGAAGGGAUCAAAAGGCGGGUCGACGGGGUCGGGGUCGGAGCCGUCGACGCCGCCGCCGGCGCACACGCCCGCGCGCGCGCUGCGCUCGCCCGCGCCGGCGCCGCUCGUCAAGCAGGAGCCCGACUCGCCCUACCCGCACCCGCGCGACAUGCCGCCGCCACACUACGACCAGACGCAUCUACCGGGUAUGGGUGUCCCGCCGGAAAUGGCAGCCAUGCUAUCGCAGCAGCACCCGCUCAACAGCGAGGGCGGCGACAGCGACCCGCUACUGCCGCCGCACCCCGACCAGACAGACACCAUCGACGGCUCGAAGGGCUGGCACAUGCGGCUGACGUUCGAGCGCGUGGCGGGCGCGCUCAACCUGCACCGCUGCAAGCUGUGCGGCAAGGUGGUGACGCACAUCCGCAACCACUACCACGUGCACUUCCCGGGCCGGUUCGAGUGCCCGCUGUGCCGCGCCACGUACACGCGCUCCGACAACCUGCGCACGCACUGCAAGUUCAAGCACCCGGCGUACAACCCGGACACGCGCAAGUUCGAGCCGCCGACCGCGCCGCUGCCGCCGGGGCUGCCGGCGCCGCCGCCGCCGCUGUUCGCCAACCACCUGGACGCGGGCUUCGACUGAUUGUCCAUGUACUGGCUCGGCCUCGACGCUCUGUGAGCGCGAGCCCGCCGCCAGUCCAGACUUUACCGUUGUUGAUGUGUCAAAAUUUUAACGGACCGUCUCGAGUCGAAACUAUUUCCUAUUUAGGAUUAAGCUGAAGUGCUAUUACUUAAGCGGGCCUUAAUGUUGAGUUCUUAUUGUAGCUCGUUCGUGGCGAGCGAUUCGUUUAGUAUUGUCUCGGUUGUGCAUUUGACUUGCCCCAGUGUGACCUUACGCGUUCCGCGUGAGGAGCGUACCUAUCGGUCUAUAUAACAGAGUGGAUCACUCGAAGUGUAGGUAUAUAAGUAGGUAAGCUAAUAUUUCUAUACCAAUUGCUAUACGGGAACGGGCAAAAGCAAUAAUAAUAUGAUGUUAAUUUUAUUACCAUAUUAUUUUUUAUAUUGUAUCGAUAGGAAUCUUAAGCUAUUAUAUCGGGUAGCGGUGCGACCGCGAGUGAUGCUGGCCGUAAGCCGUAACGGGCCCCCUCGGCCGCUCUUCUUGUUAUAUUUAUUCAUUAGAAGGGGCUCUCAGCCCCGUAGCUAAUUGUAUUUGUGUUAUAUACAUCCUACGCGCGGAGUGAACGACAACUAAACGGGAUGCGAGGACUGGCAAGAGAUUGUGAUCCGUCGUUGGUCAACGACAUAUAAAUAAUGACUGAAUCUCAGUGUAGAUGCAUUUGUAACUCUAUGAGGCCUUUGCAAGAUGGAUAUUAUUAAGGAUUUGUGAUGUAUUAACGGAUAGCGCCUAAGGAAACAUACGAAAAGAUUUUUAUACUAGACUAUAGUUGAUCUAUUUACGGAGAUUGUUUUUUAUACUUAGAUAUAUCGUAUUGUCUGAUUUAAUAUACUUUUAUAUUUACAUUUAUAUACGAUAUAUAUAUUAUAUAUUUUAUUUUGAUUUAUUGGUGUUGUUUGUUUUUAUGGAUUGAACAUGUAACAAGAUGGGUUUCGAUUACCUGUAUUGACUUGACGGUUAGACGUAGUGUAAUGAAUUGAUGAUGUUAACGUAUUGAUUAUUUUAUCGUCGGUAGGAGUUACAGUUUAGUUGAUGUAACGGGCGGGCCGCGGCCCGCUCACGUGUGAUCGCCUGAUCGGUGCUUGGGGUCAAAGACCUCUUUCAAUUACUUUAAGAUAGGAACGUUUCGAGGUUGCGCAUUUAGUAACUAAUAUUGGAAUUCUACGAUUGGGACUAACCUAGCAUGUAUGUAUGUAUUUUCAAUUAAGAUUUAAGAUUGUUACAUUUUUAGCUAAACACUUAGAGUGGUACGGUAACUGAAAUGUGAUAAAAAGGAAUGGUGCUAGAACCAAGAGUGUUAACACGCUACGAUUCGACUCCUAUUAUAGAACCUAUGAUUAACGUUUUAAUGAUUAGUUAUUUUGCAUUAACGUAACGUAAGGCAUCUAGCAUCCGAUAGAGGUCGCAUCCGUCAGCAGACGGGCAGGGCGCGCGCGCCGGCUCUAGAGAUUACAGUAUCACUCGUCAUUUUCACCUAAGUUUUCAGAUAUCUUAAAAUUUACUAAUAUAAAUUAGAAUGAUAAGACACCGGUUUUAAAAAUUCUGAUUAUAAGUGUCAUCAAAAUUUCAAACGGUGUAUGUAAUAUCCGCAUCCAAAUGAAAUCCGUGAUCGUAUCCCAUAACUAUGAGGUGGCGACGCUGUUAAGUAGCUGUGAACAUGCAAUUUCACUUGUGCAAUUUUUUUAAAUAGUCAUAAUUCAUAGCUAGAUAUACAAUUGUCUAUUGAAUAUAAGGGGCCCACUUGAAUUAUAAGUACUAAGCUCCCCAUCUUCCACGAUGACAUUACUCAUAGUAAGUUACUCACCAAAUAUUUCUUCCUCAAAGAUUUAUUUCUCAUUUUAAGAGUUUGUUGUUUAAAGUUUAUUAUAUUAUAUUUUACCUCUCAUUAUAUUUUAUACCGUGGGCGCUUAUUAUUUGAUAGCAUUUCAUACUCAGUGCAAUAUUACUAGUUAUUUAAUUACGUAACCAAACUAAAGGAUAUUUUAAAAUGUAAUUAAUGUCUUCGGAAGAGAGUUACUACCUAUUUGUAUAUUUACAUAAGUGAACUCCUAAUUUCUAUUUCUACCUGACGAAACAGUUUGGGUUACGGUGAUGUACAUGUUUUAUAGCUGGUAAUAUUAAUGAUUUGCUUGUUUACCUCUGCCAAUCGUAAUAGUUACGUACUGUUAAUAAUUUAUUCGCGCAAGUUAGUGUAUUGUUGGUUGGUUGAACAGAUCAUAGCUAUCCGGCGGGGUCCAUCGCGUCCAUGCGUGUCUGAUCUCCCUUUGCAUUCGACUCGGCGUUCGCUGCAAUACUCGCGAAUGCCUUUUACAUAAGUAUAUAAUAACUAUCGAGACCAAUUUUAUAAACGACCUUGCUGUAGCAAACGGUCGAGUGGUAACGUAGAUAUUUUAGAUGAAUUAGGUUAGGAUACUAUGAUAGUGUCUGGCCCGAACAUUUCGGAGUAUCACAUCGUUUGGUUCAGAAAAUAUCUACCUUUGAUCUCUUUUCAGCUUUCAGAAAGUGUGCAACUUAAAUACUACUUAUUUACUUAUGGAGACCACGUAAUCGGACUUAAUGAAAGCUAAAUUAUGCCAUACGGAAUUUAUACAUAAGGUUAACGAAUUACUAAAAUUAGUCUUAUGAAAAUGAAGGUCUUGAGGACCUAGUCACUUAUUUGGCCAAUUGAAUAUUCCAAUUUAUUGUAUAUUAAAAUAAAAAUUUACACAUUAUUAUCACGAGGAUGUGAUCUUAUCAUUUAAAAUUCAAUGGAGUGCAGGAUGAGCUAUACGGUUAUUGUCAGGAUAGCAAUGGUCUAGUUAUGUUUAUUUUGUUCUUUAUAACAUUAGCAAAUUUGUUAUAGUGUCGUAUAUCACAAUAGUGUAAUAGGCCGGGGGCGUCAAAUCGUGUCCUAACAGCUGAUUCGUCAGACUUGUUAUAUUUUUACAUGAGAUUUUAUGAACGAUUUGUUGUUUAUGAAUAUUUUGUUUGAUGUCUUGGUUUGAUGCCUCCAUAUACAGUUUAAUUUAAAUUAUUUUGUUUUAUGCAAGCAGUUAAUGCAAAUUAUUAUUUUUCACAUUGUUUGAUGUUAUGUAAUGCAAUUUUAACAUGUUGCAAACUCCUGCAUUUAUCUGUUGUAUUUAUUACUAAUUUUUACAUUAAAUUGUGGUAUGUUACAA